AUGUACUCAGUUGCAAGCCAAUUUGGGAAUCUGUACACACGUGACUUGAGACCAGCUGCGAUGAGGAGAUCACGCAGCGCUUGGGCGCUGUCGGUGCUACUCACCUUCCAGGAUGAGGACCGCGUGAUCCUCACUGUGCCUCGUUGGAGACACUACAAAAUAUGGCUGCCAACCGAUGUCAGUGGCGUUCUUGUUGUCAGUUUCUAUCCAGAUUGCCUGAGUGAAUGUCUGGAGGUACUCAACCCUGCACUGACGAUAUCACCUCGAUUGGUGAUGAAGUGUUUGCAAUCCGACUGCCAAGCUCGGCGAACAGACCAAGAACCAAACAACGCACCCGAGCUACCUACAUUCCACAGCAUUGCCAGUAGUCACGAAGUCUACGACUGGGAUGUGCUGCUCACAGCAACAAAGAAGAGUGACAUCAUCCCCAUAGGUAAACUGAAUUGUGUCGACUCGUUGGAUGACCUGAUGAACUACACCGUUCAUAUCGCAUGGGAACAAUUCAAAACCGAAUUCGACAGGCAUUAUUCCGAUACCAAGGAAUAUGCCGAACGUAUGGAUGCAUUUUGUCGAUCAUUUCUGCGUGUGAGAGAACACAACAAAGCCUAUGAGGCAGGCCAAGUGACAUUCAAAACGGGAAUCAAUGAAUUCAGUGACUGGCUUCCGAAAGAACGAGAAAAUAUUUGUGGCGGACACGUCCCUGUGAACUUGUCGAACCAUUCUGGUGCGAGAUUUAGAAAAAUUGCUGCACCUCCACCAAAGUCAAUUGACUGGCGCACAAAGGGAGCAGUGACACCUAUCAGAAGCCAAGGUGGCUGCGGUUCGUGCUGGGCAUUUGCAUCCGCGGCGGCCGUGGAAGGACAUGCGUAUAUACACAAUGAUCGACUUGAAGUCUUGUCCACACAACAACUGAUCGACUGUAGCUCACAGUAUGGGAAUAAGGCAUGUGCUGGAGGAGAUGCCAUACUUUCCUUCAGGUAUCUUAAAGAUGCUGAUGGUUUGGAGCGUGAGCACGACUAUCCAUACAUUUCUGAUAAGACACUUAGGCCGAAUCCCGAAUGUAAGUUUGACUCGACGAAGUGGAUGGCUGAGGUCAGUGCAUUUGUCGUUCUUCCUAAAUUUGACGAAGAUGCAUUACUUCUGGCAGUUGGGUACUAUGGUCCCGUUGCAGUAUCGGUAGAUUCCCGUCUGCAGAACUUCAAGGAUUACCGAGGAGACAUCUAUUCAGACCCACUUUGUGGAAAAGACUCGGACCACGCGAUGGUGGUGGUCGGUUACGGCGAAGAAAAAGGAACCCCUUACUGGAUUAUCAAGAACAGCUGGGGUGAUCGCUGGGGUGAGAAGGGGUAUUUGAGAUUGCUACGCGGGUUUCCGAAUGAACGACAACAUGCCUGCGUUGGACGGAUCAACAUUUCAGAUCAUUCUGGCUCACGAUUCACUAAAAUUGCUGCACCUCCACCGCGAGAGACGACUGGGCGCAAAAAAGGAGCUGUGACGCCUGUUCAGCGUCAAGGUGACUGUGGUGCGUGCUGGGCAUUUGCCGCUACAGGAGCUAUAGAAGGACGGCACUUUAUUUUUGAAAAACGACUUGAGGCGUUCUCCUCGCAACAAUUGGUUGACUGUAUCCGAGGGAAUACAACGGACGGUUGCAAUGGUGGUUAUCCUUCAGAGGCCUUCGAAUAUGUAGAAAAUGUCGGUGGUCUGGAACUCGAACGAGAUUACCCGUACGUCUCAGAUGAGACCGGAUUUCCAAACCAGUUUUGUGGCUAUGACCAAACAAAACAGCAAAUCAAGCUUUCAGGCCAUGUGAUUCUACCUUCUGAAGACGAGGAAGCACUGCUCCAAGCAGUCUCUAUUUAUGGGCCUAUAGCAAUACUAUUCGAUGCCAAUCACCAAAGCUUUAAGGAUUACGAAUCAGAUGUUUAUUCUGAGCCAAACUGCGGAAUAAUCCGUGAAGAUGUGAACCACGCAAUGCUUCUUGUCGGCUAUGGUGAGGAACGUGGAGUGCCUUACUGGUUGAUCAAGAACAGCUGGGGUGAAAACUGGGGCGAAAAGGGAUACGUAAAGGUCCAGCGAGGGUUGGAAAUGUGUGCAGUGGCGGCUUUUUCAACGUUUCCAUUAUUAUAA